AGCCAGGCCUUCACCAGGCGGAGGAGCCACUGCUGCCUUUGUCCAGUCCUGCUACUGGGUGCCCUCAUCGGUCCCUUGACUGCCCACCACUUGCCAUGCCUGAGGAGACCCAAGAAGACACCUUAGCACCUAGGCUGAGCCAGAGGAGCAGGGAGCCACCGGCCCUCAACCACGUGCAGGAGGUGCGUCUGCACAGUGUGGAGUCCAUCAGCGACCUACACAGUGGAGGCUCGCUGCGCCCCUAUCUGGUCGAAGAGGCACGGCCAUGGGAGGAGCUGCUGGGCAUCUUGCCGCCUUCGCUAUGCGCCCAGGCAGGCUGCAGCCCCAUGUGUGGCCGCGGGGGGUUCCUGCUGCUGCUAGCGCUGCUGGUGCUUACCUGCCUGGUGCUCGCCAUCCUGGCCGUCUACCUGAGUGUGCUGCAGAGUGAAUCCCUGCGCAUCCUGGCACACACAUUGCGCACGCAGGAGGAGACGCUACUCAAACUCCGCCUGGCCAGCCUCAGCCAGCUGCGGAGGCUCAACUCCAGCGAGGCCCGAGCACCCAGCUGAGAUGCCGCUUGGACCAGGGGCCCGGGGUGGGGUGGGGUGGGGGAAAUAAAGUGGCCAUUGCCAGGUCUCUCCUCUCCUGCUGCUGGCCACGUCUACACUACUUCCUUGGUGAAAUUUUUGUACAAGAGCUUAAUGUGACUCUACAGUUGCCUGCCUCUCCUGACCUCUUCAGGCCAGGCUUAGCAAGCCUUCUGGUGCCGAGGCCCUGCUUUGGGUGGCCCAAGGUCAGAGGAAGGGGUGCCAACCUCCUGGCUCCUCCUAUGGCCUGUUAGCACCCUCUGGCCACUCCCAGAUAGCAGGUUCAGAAGUCUAGAAAUACCUGCCUCCACUGCAGUCACCCAAAUUCUGCCAGGUCUUUCAGUGGGGGUCCAACCUCAGUUCUUAAAGACAGGCUGGGCUCUGAGUAGGGGGAGGAGGGCCACCUGGGGAGAGACUGCCUAGGAGGGCAAAGAUGAGAUGGGGGAAACCCACCUGGGCUCAAGCCUGGGGUGGUGGAUGGGGAGGGAGGACAGGCAGAAAUACCCAGGAGUCAAGACCACAGAAGGCUGCAUAUUUUGUUUAAUUAUCUCUAAUAAUCUUUAAAAAUCAGCACAUAAAUCCAUUCCAGGUAGCUUUGCUUCCCCAUCUUCUGUGGUGGCAUUUGUCCAGAUGCCAUCCCCCCACAAAGAAGUGGGUCACCCUGGGGGAACAAGGCCUGAGAAGGACAGCUUUCCUACUUCAAGCCUUACAGCCCUAGGAUAAGCACACAUUUGGCCCGGCCUGAGAGAGGGCAGGAAGAGCCCACAGGGCUGAGUGCAGGGACAAAGGGUUAGGGUCCCAAGUGUCCUGGCUCUCAGCCACCCACCCCAUUUUGUUUUUGGUUUUGUCAUUAAAAAAAUAAAGCGACAUUUACUGGCAGAGA